AAAAAGUUUGAGAGAAAGCAAACAAUAAUUUAAUAACAAAGGAGAAGACUUUUGGUUAGAAAAAAAUGGCAUUAUGGUUUGGCCAUUACAAGACAUAUGGGUCCCAAUUCUCAUCACUCUCUCCACCACCAAAUCCUCCUCGCUCUCUUUUACUCUGUUUUCAUUCAUCAUCUCUCUCUCGUCUCUCUGAAACCCUAAAUACCCUCGUUCUCUUCUUUUUGUCUCCAUUCUCUCUGUCCAUCAAGCUUCUUUUCUUGUGGGUUCUCUCUUUAGUAUCUUUGGAGUCUAGGGUUUUGUUAUUGACAUGCGUGGUGUUUCAGAAUUGGAGGUGGGGAAGAGUAAUCUUCCGGCUGAGAGUGAGCUGGAAUUGGGAUUAGGGCUCAGCCUCGGCGGUGGCGCGUGGAAAGAGCGUGGGAGGAUUCUUACGGCUAAGGAUUUUCCUUCUGUUGGGUCUAAACGCUCUGCUGAGUCUUCCUCUCAUCAAGGAGCUUCUCCUCCUCGUUCAAGUCAAGUGGUGGGAUGGCCACCAAUUGGGUCACACAGGAUGAACAGUUUGGUUAAUAACCAAGCUAUGAAGGCAGCAAGAGCAGAAGAAGAAGACGGGGAGAAGAAAGUUGCGAAGAAUGAUGAGCUCAAAGAUGUGUCAAUGAAGGUGAAUGGGAAAGUUCAGGGCUUAGGGUUUGUUAAGGUGAAUAUGGAUGGAGUUGGUAUAGGCCGAAAAGUGGAUAUGAGAGCCCAUUCCUCUUACGAAAACUUGGCUCAGACGCUUGAGGAAAUGUUCUUCGGAAUGACAGGUACUACUUCUCGAGAAAAGGUUAAACCUUUAAGGCUAUUAGAUGGAUCAUCAGACUUUGUACUCACUUAUGAAGAUAAGGAAGGCGAUUGGAUGCUUGUGGGCGAUGUUCCAUGGAGAAUGUUUAUCAACUCGGUGAAAAGGCUUCGGAUCAUGGGAUCCUCAGAAGCUAGUGGACUAGCUCCAAGACAUCAAGAACAGAAGGAUAGACAAAGAAACAACCCUGUUUAGCUUCCCUUCCAAAGCUGGCAUUGUUUAUGUGUUUUUUUUUUUUUUGAGGUUUGCAAGUUUACUCAAUACUUUUUGAAUAAAGUAUACCGGAGAAUAUGGAUAAAAGCAUGCAGAAGCUUAGAUUUGAUUUGAAUCCGGUUUUCGGAUAUGGUUUUUCUUUAGGUCAUUCAAUUCGGAGUUUUCCAGUUUGUUUCUUCUUUGGCUGUGUACCAAUUGUCUCUGUUCUGAGAGAGAAGGCUCUUGUUUAUUUGUUCUCUCAUAUUGUAAAUAGUUGAAGUUAUCUAAUGUGAUAAGAGUUGUGUUUCUUGAUUACAAGGAAUGAAUGUUGUUUACUGUC